AUGGAGACUCCCUAUCAGAACCACAUUGAUAAGGCUGACUUUGACCAUGUGUAUGAGCCUGCUGAAGACAGCUUCCUACUCAUAGAUGCCUUAGAAAAAGACCUACAAUACUUGAAAAGCAAAAACCCCAUAUUCUGCUUAGAAGUCGGUUCUGGCAGUGGUGUAGUUAUAACAGCACUCGGUAUGGCAUUGCCACAAACUUUCUGCUUGAGCACAGAUGUCAAUUUAAAAGCUUGUGCAAUGACCAAGCAAACUGCUGCUUAUAAUAAGGUUAAUUUGGAUUCAUGCAACAUGGACUUGGCUAGUUCCUUCACUGAUAAUAUCUUUGAUGUUAUCAUCUUCAAUCCACCGUAUGUGGUGACGGACAGUGAGGAGUGUGGAGGCAGUGACAUCACAGCUAGUUGGGCUGGCGGGGCUAAGGGCCGUGAGAUUACUGACAGGCUACUCAACAUGAUACCAAAGAAACUAGCCAAUAAUGGAGUCUUCUACCUUCUGCUUAUUGAAGAAAACAUUCCAGAUGAAGUUGUUCAAAUCAUGAACAGUUUUGGAUACAAAUCUGAGACAGUUAUUAAGAGGAAAGUAAGAAAUGAGCAACAAUUAGUUUUAAAGUUUUAUAAGUAAUGCUCAUAUUCC